GGUACACUCGCGGCCGACCGCCACCAUCGUGGGGCACCGUUUUGUGUUCCGGAAGACAACUUUGGACACCGUUAGCCGCUGGUAUAAGUCACGAGGUGAUCGAUAGUUGUCAUAGGUUGUUAUUCCGUGGUCGAAAAAUGUCAGUGGCAUUGGACAGUGUGAUCUAGCUGCAGGAGAAACAAAAAAGUACAAAUCACUGACCAGACAUGGACUCGGAAGAGAGCGAAACACACGCAAAGCCCUUACCAACACGCAGUGAAAAGAGCACUGCUAUCGACUACGAUGAAGAUAGACUGCACGAGAUGACAGCGUCUUACUCCGAAAUAUCGUUCGAUUCGCAGUCGUCACCGCCGAUCUCGGAGCUGAGAUCGUUGAUUGAUUCGCCGGACAUAGACGGUACAAAAUUCUUGGAGGACAGUUUAGAAAAGAUGAACGCGGCCGGCUGCAGGCCGGAUCAGCUGAACUUAAAGAACAGAGAGGAGACUAGUCCUGUCGAGGACGAGGAAUUGGAUCCUCCGAGUUAUCAUAAAGCCAUCGGGUAUUUGCAGCUCGAAGGGACCGUGAUGCAGGACGGGGACAUGGUGUUGUUCGUCGCGGAAGAUUUAGAAAAUAAAAUUAAACUGUCGAGCCCGGUGACGAAAAAGGGGGAGACCCCGUCGUUUCCAGGCUCCCGUAGCUCGACUCCUUGUUUGUACAGGCAGGCACUGACGCCGCAGCUACCACUUCUCGAUCAUAAUAUUUUAAACGAGCUGGAAAUGGAGGCCAGGAAGGUUGCGACAUCGGUCGACGCGUUGACGGAAAAUUUAGCCGCGAUUCUACACAGUGCAUCGGCGUUGACGGUCGGAUGUUUGGAAACGUACAGAGACGCGGUAUGCAAAACGUGCGACGCGAUAGAUCACAAUAUUAAGUCGAUGUACCAAUUAAUGGCGAAAUGCGAGGAGUUAUCGAAAUCUAUGGGACCAGUGUAUAAAUUAGCUGAACAAGUUAAGGAGAUGAAGAGGAUGCUGGAGCUAUUCGAGAGUGCUAUGAAUCUGUGAAUCUCACACUGCGAAACCAUUUCUAUUCCCCCCAUUGUUUUCCGUUCUUUCUACGUGUAACGAUAGCGGUUGUUUCUGGAAUUGUACAUGAAUGAAUUAAAAGUUAAUAAUAUAAAAAGGGUGCGACAAGGUU